AUGGAGUUGUUGUUUGUUAUUGCUUUUUGUAUUGUGGGUUUAGAUUCAAGCUUGGCCACAACUGAUUCUGAUGCGGAUACUAAAAAUGAAGAUGGUUUAGCUACUGAUAGUGAUAAGUCGAUCAAUAAUUCAUCUUCUGGUAAUUGGAGUGUGAUAUUGGAUGAAAAUUUGCCAUUUAGAGAUGACUAUGAUACAGAAAUUAGUAGUGAUUAUAAUACGACGACUACUGACAUUACAUCUACCGUCAUGACUACAGUUUUGUCUACUACAACAGAUAAUUCUACAGAUUUCACGUCGACAACUACAGAAACUAGUUCUACUACAACGUCUACAACCUUCAGUACAACUGCAACGACUAAAACUACUUAUGUUACUAUUACUUUUGUAAGUUACAUAUUUAAAUAGACUAAUGUUUCAUAUGUAAUUUUAGAAGACCACUACGACUCGAAAGCCUCGUCCAACACCUACAACGAUAUCUCCAUCAGAUGAUGUAUAUAAGUAAUUACUUUAGUAACUUGUUUAUAGAACAUCCUAUCUAAAGUAAACCUGUAUUUCAUUAAGGUUGUAAAACAUUUUUAAAAACUUCAGGAUGACAUCCCGAUGACGAUAAUUUACUCGACGAUAGGAGUGGUAACUGGCAUUAUACUGAUUUGUAUUUGUAUCGGUUGUAUCGUGUACUUUUAUGGAUGUCGUAAACCAAAACAUCAUAGUGUCGAAAGCACAGAACCAUCAACUGAGCCUGUUGUUUGACAAAGACCACAUGCCGAUAGUCCACCGUUGACAGAAGUUACUGGCGAUCACAUCGAUCCGAACGAUAUAAAGUACAAAGGACGAUAGGAGAUACCUGAGGUCAUCAUACCGAUUGGGGUAGGGUCGAUUUUGGUGUUGAUAGCGUCUUGAAGGUGUUAUAUAGAAACAUAAUGUAAUAUUAGCCAGGAAUAUUUUUUUCAUUUACAAGUACUACUUAUAUUGAUCAAUACUUAUAUUGACAAUACUUUCAGGACGACGACGACUCGGAAGACGACGAAGUUAAACCUGGUGGUAAAUUUACCAUCAACAAGAAGAUGUUCGAAGCUGUAGAAGUUGGGUCGCUGGUUGAAAAAGUAGGCGACAAGUCGCCGGUCCGUCGAAGAAAUCCAAAGAACCCUAAGGCCAUUCGGGACUAA